AAAAAGUAAAUAUUUGUGAUUCUUUUUUUUUUGUGGACAGGGUCAAGACUUCAUAUCUAAGUGUAGCAUGUGUCUAUCCAUUCAUGAUGUUAAAUAUUAAAUAGACAGUUUCCAAGUGGUCAACUACACAUGACACAAUGACGUGCAUAUGCGAGUAUAUACGCAGCACCAUAAAGUUUGUAUACCUCGUAUUUUUCCUAGGAGUUCCACAAAUAAUUGCAAGGGCUGUCUAUGAAGAUGGAUAUACUGUACAAGCCCGUGUAGUGGGAGGUUCUGUAUUAGGGGAGGCAGUGGAAUGGAUGGCAUCCAUCAACAAUUUAGAAGCGGAGAAUUCGCAUUAUUGUGGCGGAAUUCUUGUAUCGGCCAAGUGGGUACUGACUGCUGCUCACUGUUUCAAUAUCUACAAGUUAAACGACACCUAUCUCUCGCAUACUGUUCUGCUCGGCAAAGCUCGGAUUCAAGACGACAUAAUAUUCAAACACGAAUCUAAGCUUAAACGAAUCGUAUGCCAUCCUGAUUUCGAUUCAUCGACAUCCGAAAACGAUAUUUGUCUUGUCGAGUUAACAACACCGGCAGUUGGUAUCAAAACUCCAAGAAUCAAUGCAGAUGUUACCAUACCUGCGUUUAAACAGGAGGUGUUUUACCUUGGUUACGGUGUACAACUACAGGGCUCCAUUGACAUGAGCGACGAUCUGCGCGUGGUGAAUGUACGCACGACCUCCUAUCAACAGUGUUCGGCCGUAUAUGGGACAAAGCAGAUAACAUCUAAACAUAUAUGCACCUACGCGAACUUCAAGGAUACUUGUCAGGGGGAUAGCGGAAGCCCACUUAUGCAGCUUGGCGGUGAUCAUACCUUCGUCAACGGCGUAAUAUUGGGCCUCGUUUCAUACGGGCGAGGCUGUGCCAUUCCGGGCUUCCCUGGUGUAAAUACGCGCAUAUCAAUUUAUGCCAAAUGGAUACAAGAAGUAUUGGUAAAUACACAGGUGACACUAAAUGCUGAAACAACUGGAAAUGUAGUUGUUGAGGUACCAUUGAAUCCUGUAAGCAGAGUCUUGCCUGUGGCACCGGCAGAAACGGUUCUGAAGAUAUCAUCGAGUUUGUACUUCUUUUCGAGCAAAGAAUCGACGAUUAUGAACCGAGAUAUUCUCGGGUCAUUCACCCCCGAUAGCACAAUCGACAGGGAGACUUCUACUGCAUUCGUCUCGCCGACAAUUUCUGGAUAAGAACGGUAACACAAUCACAACAGCUGUAAAUAAUAGUUCAAAACCACCCCGACAAGCGUUGCAAUCACGAGCACACUCAUAUCUUUGAUUGAAGGACAGUACUCACAAGAUAGUAUGUAUAAAAAUAGUAAUAAUUGAAGUGCGUUAAACGCGCUUCCUACCCUUACAGGCUCACCUAGUGAGGAAAAAGCAAAGAGAAUUUAUUUUAAAAACAAAUCAAAAACAACAAAUAAGAAAAUAAAAUUAGUUAAAAAAAAGAUUAAAAAUACGAG